AUGCUAGCAAUAAUGUAUUUAAUUACACAAACUACUUGUAGUUCAACAUUAAUAACUAUUGUUGGAAACAAUACGAAAAAUAGUCUCUAUUUUUCGUGUUUUGCAAAUAAUAUACACGUAUCUGCCUUUAAUAGCACUUUUGAAACGAACAUCAAAAGUAGUUCACAAAAGAAAUUAUAUAAACAAAAUCCCAUUCAUAAGGAGCGAAUAAUAUUAGAAAACUUAAGAAAUCAACAAGAAAUUAUUACAGAAAAUACAGGUGUCAAACAGAUCAUUAAUGAUUUCUAUAGUCCGUAUCUAGAACAAUAUUAUCCUCGCUUUGAAUUUAAUUACGGUAUACCAAUUAAAAAUAAUGAAUUGGUUUUUGUCGGUUCGUUAAAAGUCGUAAAUGAUAAAAACAUAGGCACAAACUUGGGAAAUUUAUUGAAGAAAGGGUCAGAUACCAAGGAAUAUUUUGCCAAUCAACAGUUAAAAGGGGCUAUGCCAAAGUUAAAAUGGCAGUUCACUAGCUUUAUUGAUUUAACUGACGAAUUUUUAAAUAGCCUAUAUACGGUUGUCAUAGCCGACUUAGACGAUUCUUCUGGACCCUAUGCAAAAUUUGUUGUUUCUAAUAUACCAAUAUCCCCAGAAAUGAUAUGUCUUUUAAAAACCGAUAAUUAUCUUUUAACUUUAGAUUUGCAUAGAGGGAACGUAUUAUUACCCUUUGAAGCAUUUACCUCGUAUAUCGAUAUUUUGCAGAAGUUCAAAGCCGAUGAUGAUAUUUCUAUCUCUACUAAUGGUAAUAUUUCUAGGGGUACCGGCGGUAAUGAUACAAAGGUUUUUGAUGUCCCUGGAGCAAACCGAACAAGUGGUAAAAAGAAGAAAAAUCUUAAGCGACAGCAUACAAAAAUUGAAAAUUCUGUGUUUAAAUACACGAAAGAAAACAUUGUGAUGCAUAGAUAUAUUUUUUGUUUAUAUAAGCAAAAUUCUGGUACUUUAUUCAUUAGAAAAGAUGGGAUGUUGAAAAAAAGAAAGAAUUUUGGAUUUCCAAGGCAGCAUGAAGGUAGUGGUAAUAAUAAAAAAUCUAUUACGGGUUUUAUUAAAUGGAUCAACGUCCACAAUUUAGAAUUAUUAUCAUUUAAUUUUGUUACACUGUGA